AUGGCUGAAACAAGCCAGAACAUCCUACACGUCGUUUGCGACCCUGUAGUCGAGCUCACGUACAGUGACGGACCUACCAACUUUACCCUCGGACAGACGCCAAUACGCAUCGCCUUCACAACCGAACGAAAGAACGACUCUGUUCUCGAGGUGGUAUCCUCAGACCCUGAUGAAGAUCCGGGCGCGACGGUCAUUCUACUCCGGCCAUUGCAUCCCGCGUUCCGCGGGGUCCUGUACCUACAAGGACGAGGCAAAUGGAAGCCGUCUGAUGAGAAGAGGUCGUUCAUGGCCUUUCUGGGCGAAGCCGCGUUCUACUUCUCGCUCUUGACGCACCACUUGCCGACCAAGUUUGGGGCCAUGCGCGACGACAUUCGCAUUACAGUGCAACAUGUCUACCGGAGAUCCGGCUCAACGGCUUUAGAAACUCGCCGCGUCGCGCCUCGAACACUACACAACCAGCAGCAAGUGUAUCCCGUACAGCAGGGCGCUGCAUAUGGUCUUACUCUGGACAACUUGCAUCCGCACGAGCUCUACGUCGCCGUCCUGGUCUUCGACUGUGACCUUUGUAUACGCGAGGUGCAUCGCACCAGAGCGAGGGCCGGCAGACCUAUUCGACGCGACGAGCUUAGCGAGAGGGACCGUCGCAAGGAAGAGCUUCUCCUGAAGCUAGAUGGCACGACUCUACCUCGCGUCGAAGACCGAAGUACGCAGCUCUGGCGUUCCACGGACGACCUUUUAUGUUUCAGUGGCAAGAUCUCAUGCGUACGCAUGAUUAUAUCGAAGAAGCAGUUGCCUCCUUGGAAGGAACUCCUCAUCCCAAGCGCGAAAUCAGGGUGGGAUGCACUCACUCUGAUCUGCAGUACCGAUACUCUAUGA